CGAUUCCAAAAAAAUUUAUUUUCACCGAUUUAUCGUGUGACCCAUCACGAUAGCAAUGGAAAAGACCGGAGAAAAACCGAUUCGCACACACAAAUCAUGCAGAUGUAAAAAAAUUGUUGGUGGAGCACUCACGAACGGCGAGUUGUUAAGACGGGACAACGCCCCUCGAAACAAAAUUAUUGCGAAAUUGCUGAUGUCGAUCUUUUCGGUGCUGCACUUGGGCACCGUGUUUAUGGGAGAAAAUGAGCUGUUGCUUGUCGCAAAAGCAUUUUAUAUGACCGAUUUGGUUUUUCCGCUCAACUUACACCCGGUUAAUGUCGCAUGUGUGCCUCAGCUAAAAAAACCAUCCUUUCAUGCCGAUCGUAUGCACCAAAACGGAAAUUAUUCCGAAUCGGACAUGCAUGAUGAUGCGAGCGGUAGAUCAUCAGAGCCAUCAGACGUGGACAGCACCGUGAUGUCUGAUGACGUGUUCUAUUCGUGCAAUUCACAAGAUGCCACGGGAACACCUGAUCAUCGGCAGCACGGACCGGCGCACUCACAGAACUCCCAUGCAAACGCAUACCGCUCGGCUGAGGAUGCGGGUCAAGAUUUGGACAGCGGUCCGCAGCAGAGCAUUUGGCGCCGAUCCUACAACGGUGCAAAAUCAGUUCUGAACACGGUAAGUUCAUCUGUCAGGCAUUUUAUGGGUUUUGGUGGUGCUGCAGGGCGCACCGACAACGGUUUGAAUGGCAAUGACGGUGCCAGUAAUUCGCGUCCUGCUGCCCAAGACCAUUUGGAAGAUCCUUCGGCUGUUCACAGUGACGGUUCAGCGAUCGGGAACAUGGAAGCGGACCCGGCCACAAACAACGGAAGCUCCGGUUGGUGGGAGUAUGCGAAACAAAAAGCAGCAAGCGGCUAUAACGGCAUCAAAAACGCUGCAUCAAACCUAAAGAACAGGAUUGCGGGUGAGCAAGGCAGCAGCUUAGGAGAGGACGCUGAACCAGAGGUAGGAAGCAGCGGUAAUUCUGGUGGCUGGCUCGGUUACGUGAGAGACGGAUAUGCGCAUGUGAAAGGAAAAGUAGCGGAUGGCUGCAGCUAUGCCUGGGACAAACUUGCCAGCGGUUGCAACUAUUCAAAAAAACAGAUGGUGAGAGUACGUAACGCUACCACCGGGAUGGCGUCCAGUGCGAAGAACAAAAUUACGGGCUGGUGGAACAGCGGUGCAGGCACCGAUGCACCGCGGCCCGGUAUCUUCAAAAGACUGUGGAACUGGGCGAAGCAGAAAAUCAAAAAUUUGUUCACAGGGUCUGCCAGUCCAAAACAGAAUGGCAGUGGUGGGCCGCCGGUAGAUCCAGGGCCACCCCCAGAAAAUGCGCAAGGGCCAGACAACAAGGAAACGAACUCAUCGGGUGCCGGAGAAGAUGACACGAGCGAUGCUGAUGACGUGUCUGAAAAGUGUUUAGAAUCGGGCAACAUGCACCUGAUCCAUAAAUGGAAUGAAAAGACGGUGAGGGUGCCGUAUUCGAUCAAAGAUGACUGUGCUGUUGCAUGUGAUGGGGGAGACGGCGAUGGUCCGCCACCCAACAGCACCACCGUUGUCAGCAGCGAUGGCGUAGAUGAUACCGAUGCGGAUGAUGAGCACUUAAAAAAGUAUUUUUCCAUUAUCACGGUGAGCAUCGUAAUUUUGGUCUUGGCCCUGCUCAUCUACCUGUACUUCAAACAAAAUGUUGGGCAUAUGUUCGUCAAGAGAUGAGCAAAAAGCACGGCGUUCUAUGAAAAAAGCAGUGAAAGUGCAGAACUUGCGCGGGAGUGGUGCUGUUUGGUUUAUGUUAAGUAAAUUAUGUUUGUGUGUUGUAGAA